GGAAGGCCUCGCCGAGGCAGUUCCGGGGCGGGCGGCGGCCAUUGCGCUGUGACCGAGGGGACACCGCGGCCAUGGGGAAGCACUUCGGGAAUCUGGCGCGGGUGCGCCAUGUCAUCUCCUACAGCCUGUCGCCCUUCGAGCAGCAAGCCUUCCCCAAUGUCCUGUCCCACGGCGUCCCCAACGUGGGCCGCCGCUUCGCCUCCCAGGUGUUGAAGGUGGUGCCCCCCCUGGCCCUCGGUUACCUGAUUUAUUCCUGGGGGACGCAGGAGUUCGAGCGGCUCAAGAGGAAGAACCCGGCUGACUACGAGUGCGACCAGUGACCAGGAGCAGUGCCCAGUGACCAGGAGCAGUGCCCAGUGACCAGGAGCAGUGCCCACGUGGCUCCGGAGCUCCCCGGGACCUGCUGUGCUUGUUCCCACGGCCGGAGGGGAUUAACAGGGAGAUAAGCCUUGGCUAAUAAACUGUAACUUUGCCCCAUGA